AGUUGACUAUCACCCGCGCACCACCUAAACUUACAAACGCAGUCGAGAGAUGGCGCUUUGCUGAUUUAACCCUUGUGAAAAAGUGCUGUGAACUAGUAGAAUACUAGAAUAGUAUGUUAGUGACAGUGAAAUGCUACAGCCUAGGUUAUUAAUGUGUGGCAGUGAGAUGGGGCUAAUUAACUGUGUCCGAUGGGGUGUUGUGGUGCUUUUGUUUACUUUAGCGACAUGUCAAGAAAUCAAUGAGAACGAACCUAUAGAAGCGUCGAGGAUAAAAAGAGAAGGAGUUCCUGAGAACAGGGCGUUUAAUACAAAUGCUAUCAUAUACGAUAAUACGCCCUGGAGACCAGGAAGGGACACAGGCGUGCCGCAUCGUUCUGAGGAAGAUGUCAGGAAACUUAAUCUUGCUACAAGGAUUAUGUCCAACGGUGUUGAAGUUUUGGUCAGAGAUAAAAAUUUCGAUGGAAAACAAGAACAGACCAAGUACAUGGAUGUAAAAACUAUACAUGCAACAGCUACAAACAAUAUGUAUUUGGGAAAUCUUCCUAAACUUGACAAAAGAGUAGAUAGUCAAGAAGACGAUGCGAUGUUCGAUUUGAUACAGCCAUCAGAAGUAAGUCACUCACCAUGUUCAACAACUUCUUGCUCCUGUAGCCACACAAAGACUGAGAGUUUGCAAUCGAAAUACACCAACGCAAAAGAUGCAGUAUCCACAACUGAAAAGCAUGGAUCAAAAACUACAAAAAGAGAUAAACUUAAGCUAGAUAUAAAAACAACAAAUAAGGAAACAUUAAAUAUGAAAACAAAUUAUCGACCCUACGACUAUGAGAUAAACUCUCAAAUUACUCCUACAGAUAGGAUCGUAGAAAAAUAUACAGAAGUUAUAAGUGAUUAUUCUGACGAAAAAGAAACAAGUCCUUUAGAAACCAGUGACCUAUUAACUAACGAGCAAGCGCCAACGCCAAUCAAGAAUAAUAAAUUAUCAUAUAAUAAUAACAAUACUUCUGAAAAAGUGAAACCAGAGAAACCGCAAAAGAUUAAUAAAAAUAAACAAGUUGUAGCUGAACUAAUAAAACUUGGGUCGCUUGGAAUAAAAGGUUUAUCCCAAUUAACUCCUAUUUUUGAAAAGAUGACAGGUAGUUUUAUGAAAAGACAAGAUGAUAAUCAAAGCACAACAUCAACAACUACACCAAAACCUGCUACAAAGCUUACUCAAUAUUCUGCUGAGAAGCGCGUGGAUAGUGUUGAGACUAAGCAAGGGAACUUUCCAAUUUAUAUCCCUGUUGAUGAAAUGGAAACAUCCGAAUCACAAGUAUCUUUUUCAAAUGUAUCGAUGCAUCCAAACUUUCCCUGGGCUCUUGAAUAUAAGCACUCUAAGGGCCAUAUACUUCCACCGAAAAUUGUACAAGAAAGUCCACUUGUCAAUGGCGGUAUCCCUAUAAGUCCAGGUGAAAUUAUACGAGCAAACUCUGACGUUAUUGUCGGUAAACCUGCAGUGGGUGGACCCCUGACACUAGCAGCUAGUGGCAUCAAAUUGCAUAGUUCUGGCAAUCGUCCACCACUAGACAGUUUUAUGUCUGAUAGCGAGCAAUAUUCUGUUAAUGAACCAUAUCCACUUUCACUUCCUCAAAGUAAAAAACCAACACAAAAUAAUGUCGACGAUUCAUUUGAUUUAAGACCUCCAGGCCCACCUAAGAUUACAUCCCAGAGAAAGCCAUCUUUGAAUGUACAUGCACAUCAAAGCUUACCUACUAAUAAGAACUAUGAAAAGCCAUUGUACUCCACGCAAGGUAUUGUAACGAGCACUAAAGAUAGAAUAAACCAGCACAAAAAUACUCAAAGUACCACGUUGAACAAUGAUUACGGUAAGCCAGCAUUUUUAGAUUAUGUACCACCAGUCGUUAAACCUUCCAAUAGUAUACCAUUAAAACAACAUAUUGAAUUAAGACCUUAUGAUGAUAAACAUAUAAUGGAUAGCAGUCCUAGUUCCUCUGAAAUUGUUAGUACAAAAAUAGAUGCCACAGAUGAAGAUUCAAGUUUCUCAGACUCAUCAGAGUUCGCAGACAAGCCAUUUCUAGUUGAUAUUCAACCUUCCAGGGUAGCUAAUGUAUUAAUACCCCAUGGAAGCUCAACCGCUCUAAUAUUUGCUGGAUCUUCAGAGCCUCACAAAACCGGAGAGUAUAUUGAUGACCCCUUACCGUAUCCUGAACCAGGAUAUUUUGGAAGUUUUAAUAUUGAUGCUCCACAAAUGACUAAUGUUCAUAGUGUUAAUCCUAGCAAAGAUCAAUUUUUAAAAGAUUCUCGUAUCGUUGCCUCACUAAAUAAUCAGAAUAUUCGAUUUAAUGAAGGUACAAAUGAAACACGAAAUGGAAUACCAACAAGGAAAAAUAACCAACGUUAUAAUUUACAAAACAUUCCACCUCCAAUCAGUAUGCAAGAGACGCAUUUACGUAUAGGUCCGCAUAUAACUGUUUACAAGCCCGAUAAUUAUAAGGGUGAUUUUGAGAAAUUUAAGCAAAAUAAAAAUUCUAAGCCUAAAGAUGAAAGGCAAAUAAUUGAUCGGGAAUAUGAAAAUUAUCUUGCAGUUCCUCCUCCUCCACCAAAGCAACAAUUUAGCCAAGAAAAACCUUUCAUCAUUAAUAAACCGUAUAAUCAGCGACCAAUUGUACAUACAAAGCCAAUUCAUGAUAUGAAGGUAUUUUUGAAUGUUCAACAUCCUGUACCGGAUCAGUUGCCGCCUAAGAUUACAUCUGAGGUAUAUUUUGCUUCACAAGCGCCGACUAAUAGCCAACAUUCAACCUUUACUUACCAUAUACCAAAAACCCAGGCAACAAAUAAUCAAUUUAAUAAGCCAAACACAGAAAAUCACACACAAAGUAAUUCGUUUUCUAUUGUUUCAUCACCAAACAUUUCGAAUAAAUCAAUAGUAACAAAUAUUGGAAUGGAUAAUACAUACAGUGUAACCCUUAAUACUGGAACAGGAGUUAAAAAUAUUGGUGGAAACGCUCACAUGAUUGGUUCCAGCAUUACUGUUCCAAUAAGCACAUCUGAACAUAAUGGCGAAAUAAACGCUAAUAUACCGAUUGGAACUAAUUUUGCUAUUCGUGUUGAAGAUGAUCCAUCAAAAUAUGAUACUGUUGCCUUACAUGGUAAGCCGGAUCCAAGUUUAUCUUUACUUAAUAAUAAUAAACAAAAUACCUUCAAUAAGCCUUUGAAUUCACAAAGUGUAAAAAGUACAGAUAUUUUGGGCCAAGAUAAAAAAGAUGUAAUUGUGUCCAUGCCUCCAUCUCAGAACAGCCACGCGAAUUUCCCAAUGAUUAAUGAACAUUCCCAUAAUUCAGUAUAUACAAAAGAGUCUUCCUCGGAAACACUAGAAGAUAAGAAAUCUGUGGACCAAAAAAGACCGGGAAAAAUUAUUUCAAACAUACCUACAAACUCACAUGGCUGGUAUUCCAGUAUUCUAAAUGAAGAUAGCAUUAAACACAUAAACAAUAUUAAAGUGGAUGCCACAACUACAAAAGUUAUACCGUUAGCGUAUGAUUAUAAUAAAGAUACGAAACCUAACAUUAAUAAGAAAAUUACGAAUAUUGGCAAACCUCCAUCUGACUUUUUGGAAGAUUCAUCAACACCCGGCAAUAAAUUUAACAUUGGUAGACCUUUUGCAAAACAGAAAGACUCAGACAAACCUACCGUUGCAACCUUCACCAUUAAACCAAGUUACAUACCAACAUUUAACGCUGGAGAACAGCCUGUUUACAACAUUCCCAUAAUAGACGACUUCAAUAAUGAUAAAUUUAAAAUAAGACCAAUUGAACUGCCUAAACCUGUUUAUGAAAAUGCUGAAGAAAUUUAUGACGGUAAAGAUAAUUCUGAUACAGAAGAAGAAAGCGAUGGAGAAGUAAGUUCAGAAUCUAUGAAAGUUCCUAUAGUUACUUCAUCUAAUGAAGAAAAGCAACAUAUUAAAUCAACGCAGGACAUUACUUUAACAAAACCCUUAACAUCACAAAAUACAAUAAAAAUUAAUAACGUUCAAAGUGGUUCCCAAACAGAAAAACCUUUCGGUUCGCACAAUAAAACUGCAUAUCAAUCGAAUAGCAUGAGCCCGAUUAUAAGCCAAUCUAAUUCAUACAAUAUGAAGCCUAGACCAUUUACUGUUAGCAGCAGAAUUCCACUUGAUCAUCAAUUACAACAACCACAUUGGCAGAUUAACCAAAUGAUGGAGAACAAUAAUAAUACAUCAUACGAAGACAGUUAUGAAUUAAAUACCGGAGAAAAGAUUUAUGAUAAUACUAUGUACAGACAUAAUACUUCUACUAAAACUAGCGCAGAAGUUCAGAACAAUAAAAAAUUUGACUCAGAAGUUAAUGCCAGCCAUAAAAACAGUUCAAAUAUUAUAACUUCAACUGUGCACAUAUCGGACAAGAAACCAUUAUUUAUUAAAGAAGUAGAAAAGUCCACACUACCUACUUAUAUAACAACUUCCAAUUCCAUACUAAAUGAGACAUUCGAUGACAAUAUUCUAAAUUUAUCACCUCCUCCUCAGAAUCCAAAUUACCCACGUCCUCAACAAAAUAAGGAUCUUAUUAUGGGCAUGAGUCCACCACCACCUGACAGCAGUUUAAGUAAACAUCAGUCAAGACCUCAUCAGACUCAGAGACCAUCCCUGCCAAUAAGAACUCCACCGCCAUACAGGAAUAUACCUCCAAGAACAUUACCACCCAGAUUUAGUACCCCGCGCCCUGUACGGAAGCCGAUACAAAAGGAUGAAGUAUCUACUUAUAGGCCAAGUAACAAGCAACAGGAUGUAGUAAACAAAUCUAAAAGACCAUAUUACAAUCGCUAUCAACCAUCAUCUCAAUUAUUACCUCCUCCUAGAGAAUUACCUUCAAGAUUACCCGAUUUGGAAUCAAUUCCAGAGACACCCCUUAUUACGGCAUCUGGCUCCGGUCUUGUUUUUCCCACUGCUUCGAUUUCAUCUAGUUGGCUUACAUCUUCUGCAAUAGACUUUCCUCACAGAUUUGAUUUUGCACCUACAUCAGUGCUCUUCCCUGAAAUUAUUACGUCAUCAAUGGUUUCACUUCCUGGCGUAAACUCGGCAGAAACAUCCAUUGAAGAUUCAUAUUCGUAUGAAGAUGUUUCUUAUCAAUCGAAGGAGGACAGUUUAGAUAAAUCAGUUGUAGAUAAAAAGAAGACUGAUCAAUCUCAAGAAGAAACAUCAUCUCCAAAUCCAAUGUUUAGUAAUCACACGGGUAUUUUUAACGAAUCUUCUCAUGAUUCAAACCAAGUAGAUUUAACGGAUAAAGUAAAUAUUAUACCUAUUGGUGUAAAAAAUAGAACACGCAAACCAUACCCAGUGCGUGCGGAUAGUAAAUAUAAAAUUUCAUCUAAAAGUAAUGUUAUUGCACCGACGAGAACAAUAACUCGUCCAGAAAUAUUAUUCCCUACCAGGCAUGUAACUAAUAAAGUAAUAAGACCACAAUUUAACAACUCCCCGAGCAUACAUAAUGUGGAUGUCAUAGAAAGUUCUGAAACGAUGUUGGAAGAAGAUUUUAUAAAACCUACACAAGUACUUAAUGAAUAUGGUAAUGCUCCUGAUAAAACGUUUGUAAUCGAGAAAACUUUAACAUCUACAUUUACUAUAAAUAAAAAUGAUGAGCAAAUAAAUACAAAAACAUUGCAUCAUGCUGGAAAUGAAAUAAAAAUAUCAGACGAAAUCGUUCCGACUAAAACUAAGUUCCAAACAUCAGUUGUCACAUUUACUAAAACUCUUACAGAACUUCCUGAGCUUAUUUCUAGUGUCGGAUACGUCAAUCUGACUCAUACUUUGACCGUAACGCAUACAAAAACUAGUUUAAUAAGUAAAUCAGAAGGUGCUGUUACUGAAACGUUAAUCUUAACUAACACUCAUACAUCAACUGUUGUCGAUGUUAUUACUGAGAUUUACACACAUGUGCAACCGACUACUAUAAUUGAAACAGUGACCAAACAUAUUCCUAUUGUAAAAGUAGAACCUACUCCGGUUCAGGAGAUAACAACAACAAAGUUACCUUUAGAUGACAUAUCGAUGUCAUCAGAGGAAAAAGACAACUUUGUUAUUCGAGAUUCAGAUGAUAGAGUAACUGAAAAUAUUCAAAAGAUCGAAGCUGAGGAAGAUAAAGACAAUGAUACUUUCUUCAUUGUCAUGAACAAGUCACAAAAUGGAGGGAAAUUGCCACCAGUUAAAGCGGACAUAGAAACAAGUGACUACGACGGUAUUACAAGAAAUGAGCAAGUGAACAAUAACGGUGUUGCACAAGUCCUAUUUGGCGAAAUAUUAUUAGCCGGAACUCCUUACCUGGAAACCACAAAUAUAGGCCACCCUGCCGGCUUUGGGAAAGAAUGUCAACCUGAUUGUAAAGCAUCUAGAAAUGAGCGUUGUCAGCGAAUUGAUGGAUUAAUGAAGUGUGUGUGCAGACCAGGCUUUGCUAGGAUGUUCCCUGACCGACCAUGUAAACCCACGUACACGUAUUCGGUCAGCCUUGUCCUUGCAUCUCAAGGAAACCAACGGCUACGUUUCCAUCCUAAUCUAGCUGAUAACUCAACAAAAGAAUAUAAUCAGCUAGCUAUCGCUACACAUGAAGGUAUCAAUAGAAUGGUGAUGCAAUCUGACUUAAGAGACGUGUUCCAUGGUAUCCAUAUUACUGGCUUCCGUCCGAUCGAGAUGAAAGGCAAGAAUGGAUUGUAUCAGGGAGUUACGAACGACUUCUAUGUACAGCUUUCAGAUAAUGCUCAUGAGUAUAGACUUAAGGAGGUUAUCGAGAAAUAUUUAAGAAACAACAACUACAGUCUCGGUGGAACAGAUGUUCAUGCAGCAGCAGAACAUAUCGACAGGCUGAAUGUUAGCGACUUCGACGAAUGCGUUAGCGGUCAGUUCCAUGACUGUUCAGAACACGCCAAGUGUUUCAACUUACGCGGGACUUACACUUGCAGCUGUUUGGAAGGUUUUGCUGAUCUCAGCGUCAACACUUUGUACCCCGGAAGGAUUUGUUCGUCGGAAGCGGUUGGCUGCGAUACAUGCAAUUAUCACGGCACUUGUUUCGAUCGAGAGAGCGCUGUUAUUUGCGAAUGCUUCAAAUGGUAUGCUGGAAGAACUUGUCAGGUCAAUUUGAAAGCGGUGUUAAUAACGGUAACAGUGAGUGGUCUCCUUAUUAUCACUGCUGUGACCAUCUUUGCCUCCCGGAGAUGCUGUGCAGCAAGGAGUCCAGCUACGCAGACCUUCGUUAUUGGGUGUAUGCAGGGGAUGCCGAGCUUACAUCAGGGUAAUAUGCCGAAGCAGAGAGCUGAUCGAAGGGCUUUGAUAGCGGAGAGAGAGACCGCAGAAACGUGUAGUGUACAGAAUGCAUCGUUACCUUACGUUCCAACAAAGCGGGGUCGAUCAUCGAAGUGCGUGAUGUCUGAGCCGCCCGCGCACUCCCCUCCGCCGCCGCCCGCCCCCGCUGUCCUCAUACCCCGGGCUCGUCUGCAUCAACAUUCGGACAGCCGAGAUAACCUCUCAAGGAAGAAAAGUCUAGAGGCGUGCGCCGAAGCAAAGUUGAUCAGUUACCUUGAGUCCGGCGCUACUAACGUUACCGAAGAGAUGAGACGAAAACACAGUUUAGAAUCGUCAUACAGCGCAAAUAAGGAACGUCAUAAUAAACAAGGUGCGCUGGUAUCAGCUGGAUUCAAAGUGUCCACGACGGUCCGACCUGAAGAUGGACUCAAGGAAGACGAUGCCUCAUCCAUAAACAAGACUGACAUAGAUGAACAGCUAUCCAGGUUCGAUACUCUGAGGAAAUCUUAUAGUCAAGAGGACAAUAUGUCUGAAUGGACGGAUGCAGAACGACGCCUUGGAGAGCUGACCCUAUCUGAAGCUCGCUCGGUGGGCGGGACAUUACCCGCGAGUACUGGGCGGGCGGCGUCUUCGACACGACUGACACAUCAGGAGGCACACACGAUGGCUGAAAGAGACCUGGGCUCCACCUUCCUCCUGCCGCACGUUCACCUCUAUAAACCUGACCCUGUGGACCAGUGACGUAUCGGAGUUCGAUUCCCUUUGAAGAACUUGAAACUA